UUGUUUUGCUCUGUGGAUAUUGUAAGUUAAUAACCUAAUAACAACAGUAUCGACUUAUUGAAGAGAAACGGCUCGUUAAGGAGGUGUUAUCGUUUAUUUGUUGUCCUGUUCUGAUUGGGGAUUGUUCACUCGGUGUGUGAUGUGUAACAUCUGAGCCAGCCUGCCCGGACAUUCCUCUCCCCGAGAGUGUGAGCGUGGCGUUUGGAGUCUGGGAGCAGAGGAGGGGAAGCGGGUUCCGGCGGGGAUCGACCCGGGCACCAAAGGCCUCCGACCUCGGCCGGCGAGAGGAGAGGGGAAUUUGGCGGCUCGGAUGGAGUCCCAGGACGUACCGGACGGUCCCGAAGUGCACCGAGGCUUCAUCUGCGCCUCGUUUAACCAGGACACCACGUCUCUGUCAGUGGGCACCAAGACUGGCUACCGACUCUUCUCAGUCACUGCUGUGGACAAACUGGACUGCAUCCAUGAGGGAGUGGAGUGCCCUGACGUGUAUAUAGUGGAGCGGCUGUUCUCCAGCAGUCUGGUGGUGGUGGUCAGUCUGUCCAUGCCGCGGCGAAUGAACGUCUACCACUUCAAGAAAGGCACAGAGAUUUGUAACUACAGCUACUCCAACAACAUCCUCUCAGUCAGGCUCAACAGACAGCGGCUGGUGGUGUGCCUGGAGGAGUCUAUCUACAUCCACAAUAUCAAAGAUAUGAAACUACUCAAGACCCUGCUCAACACACCCACCAACCCCUCAGGUCUCUGCGCUCUCUCUGUCAACCACAGUAACUCCUACCUGGCGUACCCCGGCAGCGCCACCAUCGGCGAGAUCACUGUCUACGAUGCCAACAACCUGAGCACUCUGACGCUGAUCCAAGCCCAUGACAGUCCCCUGGCAGCCCUCACCUUCACUGCCUCUGGCACCAAACUGGCCAGCGCUUCAGAGAAGGGCACCGUUAUCAGAGUCUUCAGCGUCCCUGAAGGCCAGAGACUGUUUGAAUUCCGCAGAGGGAUGAAGAGAUAUGUUAGCAUCAGUUCAUUGUCCUUCAGCGCGGAUGCCCAGUUCCUGUGUGCCUCCAGCAACACUGAGACGGUUCAUAUCUUUAAACUGGAGCAGCACAGCCCCAGUCAAGACGAGGAGUCUCCGACAUGGUCAGCGUACGUGGGCAAAAUGUUCACCGCGGCCAGCACCUACUUGCCCACCCAGGUGUCCGACAUGAUGCAUCAGGACAGAGCCUUCGCCACGGUGCGGCUCAACAUGUUCGGCCAGAAGAACAUCUGCGCCCUGGCUACGAUUCAGAAGCUCCCCCGUCUGCUGGUGGCGUCCUCAGACGGGAAUCUCUACAUUUAUAACGUGGAUCCGCAGGAUGGAGGCGAGUGCGUCCUGGUCCAAAAGCACAGGUUGUUCGAAUCCAGCGAGGAGCAGCUGGAACAGAGUGAGGAAGACAAACCAGAGGAUGUCUCUCCCCAACCAGCCAGCCAAUCAUACGCCGCUACUGUGGCUCUCCCUUCGACCCCGCCUUCCUCCACCACACUCAUGGGUUACUCUGAGGAUGGUGGAGCUCAGAAAGGUGAGGUCAUCCCCGAGCACGAGUUCGCUGAGAGCCCCGUCUGCCUGGACGACGAGAACGAGUUCCCUCCAGUCGGCAACCAGAGUAACUGACCAAACUCCGCUUCCUCCACCGCCAUGAAACAUCCAACCCAUGCAUAGCAAUCAGACUCACUUGUUUCAUGAAGGGAAGGUGGACAAAAGUAUUCCUGUGUUUGACACGUUGUGGCACCCCCACCCUUCCUUCUGCGUGUACCCCUGCUGGCCUAGGGUCAAAUCUUGCCAGAAUUUUACUUCCUGGUGUUUCUGUGGUCUGCGUCACUUUUUGUAAGGAAUAAGAAAAGAAAAAAACACAAAAAAAGAGUGGAAGGUCCACGCAUCAUUAAAAUAAUUCGGAACAUCUUAAACUCUUUCCUCAGACAGAUUCAAAGUAUCUUGCUGUUAACACCCAUAUUAACAAACAGUGUCAGACUUUUUUUUAAAUAAUGACUGUACAGCAAGAAACCCUGAUAACACAUUGACAUUUCUGUUGCACAAUAUUAUCCUGGUAGCACCCAGAUGAGCGUGUGUCGGGUCCAGCCGAGUAUAAGUAAGACUGACUAUACCAAGGUGGUGCAGGCGGGCCAGAUUCACAAAAAUGCUCAAAUGCACAAAGAGAGAUACUGAGACAUCACCUGACAGGUUAUUUCAGCAGCUUCUUAACAAGCCAAGUGUAGUCAGACAAUAACAUGAUGAAAUUAGUCAAAUCUCUUACAAUCACGCCUUGUUUUCUGUCGCAGUUCUUUGAAAAUUAGCGUCUGAAAAUAUAUUAUAAAGGGCAUUUUUGUCAAUCAAGCCUCAGUGGAGCUUAUCAAUGGGCAUUAAAGGUGUCACACCUAAGGCAAGAGGAGCCGUCAAGAAGGAAAACAUGUUGUAAGUGUGAUACACUAUUUAAACCACAAUACGUGCAGUAAGUAUUAUAUGACCUGCAGAUGCAGCUGUCAUUACUAAUUAUGGCAGUGGUAGAUGAGACUGGCUGAAUGUGAAAGGCUCGAUGGAGAGCUGUACACAACAGAGUGACAGGUCCUUGAAUUUCAGCAAUAUCCUGAAGACCUCUUUACGUACGACAUGAUGCUGAAUACAGUAUGUUAACAUGGAAGUCAUAGUCAUUUUUACUUUGAUGUAUUAAAUAUUCUUUUUGCAAAAUGUUUUAUGUAUUACACAUCAACGCAUAGACUUACCAAUGCAUAAAUAUAUAUUGAGGAUUUUUACUGUGUGUAUAAUGUGUAUAUAACAUUUAUAUAUAGUACAGUUGUAAUAAGUAACAUGGUAAUGCCAUUUGAUUGCCAAAAGGUGGCGCUGUUAGGACACGCAUAGGCUGCAUUGAGCUGUUCGAUUCUGGACGCCAGAGACUCAUUAAAGCUGAGAAGUGAUUCAGCCUCUGCACUGUGGAGUUUUGAUUUUAAAAUAGUGCCAUUAAUGUUUAAAUCCUGUGUUAAAUCUCAUCAAACAUCCAAGAAAAUAAAA